AUGGAGCUGGGCCCCAUGGUCUGGGCGAUGCUCGGCGUCGUCGUCGCGACGCUGAUCUUCACGUCCUACUACUCCGGCGGCGGGGAGCCGCCCAAGGCCUCGGGCAAGAAGGCGAAGGCGUCGAAGCCGCACAAGGAGAAGAAGCCCGCGAAGGAGAAGAAGGCCCCGAAGAAGGAGGCGCCGCCGUCGCCGAAGAAGAAGGCGAAGGCGCCCGUCGCGCCCGUCGCCGUCGCGCCCGCGCCCGCGCCGGAGCCCACGCCCGCGCGCGACGAGGUGAAGCUGCCCAAGGCCGAGUCGCCCAAGAAGAAGAAGGAGAAGAAGAAGGCGGCCAAGGCCGCCAAGGCCGGAGCACCCGCGCCCGAGGCCGCGUCGACGCCCGCGCCGGCGCCCGAGACGCGCGCGGCCACGGCCGCGGCGCCGCCGGCCGACGACGGGUGGACCGUCGUCGACAAGAAGGCCGACCCCGCGAAGAAGAAGAAGGCGCCGAAGCACGGGGCGCCCGCCGCCGACGGCUCCGUCACCUUGGACUGCGGCCGCUUCGCCGCGGCCAUCAUCGGCAAGGGCGGCGAGACCAUCAAGAAGCUCGCCGCGGACCACCCCGGGGCGACCUUGAACGUCGAGAAGAGCAACAACGGCGGCUCGACGUGCAAGAUCGGCGGCGACGACCCCAAGGUCGUCGCGAAGGCCAAGACCGCCGUCGAGGCGCUCCUCGCCGCCGCGGGCCACGUGCCCGGCGCCGAGCUCGCGACGGCGACCGUCGACGCGGCGGACAAGCUGCCCGCGGUCAUCGGUUCCGGCGGCGCGACGAUCAAGUUCAUCACGGCGUCCUCCGGCGCCCACGUCGAGGCCGGCCGCGGCGGCAAGUCGGCCGUCGUGCUCAGCGGCACGCGGGACCAGGUCGCCAAGGCCAAGGCGCUCGUGCUCGCGGCCAUGAAUGGUGUGGAUAUCGCCGCGGAGUCCACCGAAACGAUCGAGCUCGGCGCGCGCGGCGUGCCCUUGCUCAUCGGCAAGGGCGGCGCGACGAUCAAGGAGCUCCAGGCCAAGUGCGGCGCGCGCAUCGACGUGCCCCGCGGCGGCACCGCGUGCACCGUGUCCGGGUCCGCGGACGACGUCGCGCGCGCCGUCGCGACGGUCAAGGCCCUCCUCGAGGACAACGGCCACGGCGAGACCCUCGACCUCGACUGCCACGUGGGCGUCCUCCUGGGCAAGGCCGGCGCGACGAUCCGCAAGAUCCAGGAGGCCUCGGGCUGCCGCGUCGACGUCCGGUCGACCGGCGACGCCGCGUGCGCGGCGACGCUCAGCGGCUCGUUGGAGCAGAUCGCGGCGGCGAAGCGCGAGAUCCAGGGCGCCGUCGACGCGGCCAACGCCGGCCCCGCGCUCGGGCCCGGCGAGGUCGCGGAGCGCGUCGCCGUGCCCGACGCGUACGUCGGCGCCGUCAUCGGCAAGGCCGGCGCGAACGUGAAGAAGAUCCAGGACGAGUCCAAGGCGAAGAUCGACGUCAAGGACGGCUGCUGCGUCGUCUACGGGCCCCCGGACGCCGUCGCGGCCGGCGCGGCGGCGAUCCGCGCCAUCGUCGGAAAGCAGGCGGACUUCGACGCGCAGCGCGCCGCGCGCGCGGCGCCGCCGCCGUCCUGGGACGAGGCCCAGGCCGCGGACCCCGUCUGGGGCGGCGCCGGCGCCGACGGCGACGCCUGGGGCGUCCCCGACGACGCCGACGCCUGGGGCGCGUGA